AUUGGGGGACCAGGGCACAUCAUUGAGAUUGAUGAAAGUGCUGUCACAAAGCGAAAACACAAUCGUAGAAAGACAAUCAAAAACAGUCAAUGGGUCCUUGGCAUGUACGACAAGAGUAUCAAGCAAGGCAUCAUCCUCCACGUGGUAAGAAGAGACAAGGUGACCAUGAUCCCUGAAAUUCUGAAGCAUGUAAAUAGAGGAUCUGAAGUAUGGUCUGACAUGUGGAAGGCGUACCACGGUUUGAGCAACCAUGGUUACAGCCACAAGACUGGGAACUCAAACCACUCAAAAGAGUUCAAGUCAGCAGAUGGUGUGGGUACUGGCGCACCAUGAAACAGUACUGCAGAGGUCGAAAUGUAUUGCAAAGCAAAUAUUUGUAUGAAUACAUUGAUGAAUUUAUGUGGUCGCCAAAACAUGGGGCGGCAGCUGUGGUGAAGUUCCAUGCUAUCCUGGACCACAUUAGGGAACGGUACCCUGUUUGAUGACAAUCACACCUUUGUUUUAUUUUGUUGAUUUG